UGACAGAGGCAGGCAGGCAAAACCGCUAGAUUUUGGGAAUUACACAGCAGCCAAACCAGCUCACUUCUUGUCCGUGUCAGUAGUUAUUCCCUCCCGUUUAAAUUUAAGUUGCGCUUGAGCUAAAGUCUACGGAGACCUAGGAGACCAGGGAAGAGACUGAGGGAACUUUUAAGAGCAGCGAAACAACUGACAGGAGUUUGAGAAUAUACCUUUUUCCUCAUAUAGAUGACGUGCGAUCGUGGCUCUGGCUGUGACUGCUCAGUCAUCGACCCCUGGAUUAAUUUUAGAGGGGGUAAUAAUGGUAAUCUGGACCCUCCCAAGUAUCAUAAAAGUGAUGUAACUUUCUGAAGCUAAUUAAUACGACCAGCAACUUUUUAAGACAGUACUCCUCUUUGUAGGCGGUGAAGACGUUUGGAUGGGCUUGGAUUUAUUAACCAUUUGGACCAAAGGGAGUUGUGCGCCCGUCCUGCCAUGAAAUAACGGCACGCUAUUUCUAGUAUGAGCGAAUGAUGUACGUUCAUUGUUGAGCAGAGGAUCUCCAACUUUACCAUUCAUUCAAAACCUGAAAGAUCACUUUGCAUUUCCUUGAUCUCCUUACACCAUCUGGAAGCUUCAUGGUGGAAAUAUGGGAUGACUGGAGGCGGGGGUGCAGCUGAGGUGAGAGCCAGCCGAGGGACAAUGUUUGCGUCCGGCGUUGGCAUCCCUUUGCUGCCGGGGCGUCUGGUACUGAUGCUGCUCCUGCUCUCCGCCUCGGAACCGAGGCUCUCCCAGGCUUGUCCCGGGCUGCUCGCCUCCACCAGCGGCUGCAGCUGCAAGGACGAGCGGUCCAAAAUGCACGGUGUCCAAACUGUGGGGAAAAGAGUCAGCUGCAGCAAGGGGGAGCUGACGGAACCUCCAGAGGCCAGCCUGCUCCCCAACAGGACCGUCACCCUGAUACUAAGCCACAACAAAAUCCGAGUUCUGAGAAAUGGAUCCUUCUUUGGACUUUAUGCUUUGGAGAAGCUGGACCUUAAGAACAAUUUAAUUAGCACCAUCAUGCCCGGAGCCUUCCAAGGCCUGUCUGAGCUUCGGAAACUAGACUUGUCUGACAACCGCAUUGGCUGCCUGACAGCAGACACGUUCCAGGGGCUGAGCAAUCUCACUAAACUGAACCUCUCUGGCAACAUUAUAUCGACCAUGGAUCCAGGAGUGUUUCAAGAGCUGCCGUCUCUCAAGCAAGUGAACUUCAACUCAGACUACCUGUCAUGUGACUGUGGGUUGCGUUGGGUCCCAGACUUCUUUCGCAGCAGUUCAGUUCGGCUAGGGGAUGAAACCCUAUGUGCCUACCCCAAGAGCCUGAGGGGAAAGCCCCUGCGUGGACUACGGGAAAGCCAGCUGAGCUGUGAUGGCCCUCUGGAGCUGCACACCCUGUCGCUGUUGCCAUCCCAGCGUCAGGUGGUCUUCAAAGGCGAUCGGCUGCCCUUCCACUGCACUGCUGCAUUGGUGGACAAGAUCACCACCUUGCACUGGCGUCACAAUGGUCAGCUGGUGACCUCUGACCCCGAGAUGGGUGUCCAGCUGGAAAACAGUGUGCUGCAUGACUGCUCCUUCAUCACCAGUGAGCUUAUUCUAUUCGACGUACAUGUGGAGGCCAGUGGAGAGUGGGAGUGUGUGGUUUCUACUGGGCGGGGCAACACGUCUCGCACUGUGGAAAUAGUAGUGCUGGAGAACAGUGCCUCCUUCUGUCCAGAGGAUAAAGUUAUCAACAAUCGUGGGGAAUUCAGGUGGCCGAGAACCCUGGCAGGCAUCACCUCCCAUCAGUACUGCCUGCAGCUGCGUUACCCUUCUCUGUCUGUGGAGGGGGGUGUGGAGCAGAAGAAAGCCUCACGUCACUGUGACCGUUCUGGAAAGUGGCAGGAAGGCGACUACUCUAACUGUCACUACACAAAUGGAAUCACCCGUGUUCUACAUACCUUCAUCCUGAGGCCCAUCAAUGCGUCCAAUGCCGUCACUGUUGCACAUCAGGUGCGCACAUACACCCUGGAGGCCGCAGGCUUUACUGACUCAGUGGAUGUGCUGUAUGUGGCACAAAUGAUGGAGAAGUUUAUGGAAUAUGUCAGACAGCUGCAAGAGUUGUCAGAGGUGCUGGUCGAGAUGGGCAGUAACCUGAUGCAGGUGGACGACCAGAUCCUUGCUCUUGCCCAAAGAGAGAAGAGAGCCUGCAGCUCCAUUGUUUACUCUCUAGAGACUCUGGCCUGGCCUCAGCUACACCGUCAUGCUCAGGACUUCUCCAUGGUUUCUAGGAACAUUGUAAUGGAGGCCCACUUAAUUCUACCAGCUCACUUCACUGGCAUAACCUGCACUGCGUAUCAGCGUCGUGAGGUCUCUGUGGGUGGCCUGGGAAUGGAAAUGGCAGAGUCUGCCCACGAACAGCUUCGUUUCCGCUGUAGCACUGGCUCCCAUAACACUUCCCUCAACAAUUUUCUCCUAAAGAAUUCUGUAGCCCUGGCCUCUGUGAUGCUCCCAGCUACUCUGUUUCCUCCUGAUGCUCCUGCAGACUGUAAGUUACAGUUUGUAGCCUUCCGAACCGGCAGCUUUUUUCCUGUUUCUUCAAACUCAAGCAGCACUGGGGAGCACUUCCGCAGGCGUAGUGUCAACACUCCUGUCAUCUUUGUAGGUCUGGACGGUUGCAGCAUGUGGAACCAGUCAGAUCCAGUCUGGGUGUCACUGCGUCACUUGUCCCCCGGUACCGAUGCUGUGGCGGCACAGUGGAGUCUGAAGGGACCAGAGAAGCAGGGAGGCUGGAGCCAGGAGGGCUGCCAGCUGAUCCACAGUGACAGCAGCACCUCCACAAUGCGCUGCUCUCUGCUGAGCAACUAUGCUGUGCUGCAGGAAGUGCCUGACUUCCCCAGUUCUGCAUCCAACUCUGUAAGAGUGCUCCACCCUGUGGUCUAUGCCUGCACUGCAGUGCUCCUCCUCUGCCUCUUCACCAUCAUUAUUACACACAUACUCCACCACAGCUCUAUUCACAUUUCAAGAAAAAGCUGGCAUACAUUACUGAAUACAUGCUUCCACAUCGCCAUGACAACAGCCAUCUAUGCAGGAGGCAUAAGCUUGACCACCUACCCGGUGGUUUGUCAAGCAGUAGGCAUUGCCCUGCACUACUCCUCACUGUCGACCUUGCUGUGGAUUGGAGUCAGUGCCAGGGUUAUCUACAAAGAGGCUGUGUGGAGAAUGCCAAGGCAGCCUGAGGGAGAGUCUCCUGCUCCACCUACUCAGCGACCUAUGCUCAGGUUCUAUUUGAUAGCUGGUGGAGUUCCUCUUAUCAUUUGUGGGAUUACUGCAGCUGUCAAUGUCAACAACUAUGGAGACAGCCUUUACUGCUGGCUAGUUUGUCGCCCCAGUCUGGGGUCUUUCUUUGUCCCUGCUGGCCUAGUGGUGUUGGUGACCUGGAUUUAUUUCCUGUGCACUGUGUUUCGCCUGAGGCACCACGUGGCCAAAAAAUGCACAGGAACCACCCUGUCCUCUCCUGUGACUGAGAGCCAGCCUGCAUUGGCAGGAAGCACCAGCCUGCUCUCAACAGACUCAGUGGUGGGACCUAUUUUAAACCCUGUUUUGGCUCCAGAGGACCAGUACUCGCUGAAGACACAGUUCUUGGUUUUGGUGGCCACCCACUUCCUGUUUGUGGUUCUGUGGUGUUGUGGAGCCAUGGCAGUGUGGCUGACAGGGCACAACAGCUUGUUGUUCAGCUGUCUCUAUGGAAUGGCUGCCACAGUUUUGGGGGUGUUUCUGGUGGUGCACCACUGCUUCCGACGUCUGGAUGUCCAGGCAUCAUGGCUGGCAUGUUGCCCAGGUUAUCACCAUGCGCAUCCCAUAUCUACCUACACACACACCUGCACUACUGGAAGUGGAGUGCAAACCUCUGAGCAGGGAUCACAACUUUUGAUCAAUUGCCAUCCACCAGGUGACUCUCAUAAUUCUUCAUUAGCUCGGUCAUCAUCCACGCCAAGUGGAAUCAGCAGUGUGGGCCCCGGGCCCUGCAAGCUCACCAACCUGCUGCAGGUGGCACAAGAUAGUCCAAAAAAUAGUUCACGUGCCCCUUUGGGCAACAACACUAGCACCAGUACUGACAAUAUUACCAAGCCAGCAAACAAUAUUCUGCCUAACAUUAACUCUGCAGCCCCAUUGCAUCCUCAGAGAAGGAAAGUGAGUAGCAGAACUAAACAAGGGAGCAGCCAGUAUCAUCAUCACGGUGAGGGCAGAGGUCACUAUCGUCUCAAAGCUCUGCGGACUGCUGGAGGUGGAGGCAGCCUUGGAGCCUUAGGGCCCUCAGGUUUAGAGCACCUCAGUUCUUCACAUGCAGGUUACAAACAGGCCACGAGUGAAAAUGGCAGCAUCCACCACAGCCUCUCAGAGAACCAGGCAAGCCCACUGACAAAUGGGAAGCGUGUGGGGGAGUCGGUGGCCACCAGCCCCUCAGAGGGAAGUGAUGGAGGCAGCAGCGGGAGCCGCAAACCCUUCCCCUUGCUGCCCUGCAGGGCAGCAAUGCACAGGCCUCAGAGACGAUGCGCCAGCAGAGACAAUCUGAAAUUGGCAGCUGCCGCAGAGAGAGAAACUAAGCGCUGCUCUUACCCUUUGAACAGUCUCACCACCACUGUGCCAGGGGCUGCCCCAAAUGGCACCCUGAAACAUUCAGUCAUAGAACUGGAGCAAGACAUGAGUGGCACAGACCAAUCCCACAGCUCCACUGGAAUGAAGAGUGGUUUGUGGAAAAGUGAAACCACAGUGUAAUCUUUACUUAUAUGUGAACGUUUAUGCAUGACCUUAAUGAACUCUUAAAUGACAGGGUUAUGUUUUAAUGGUCUCUUGAUUAUAAUAAUUUUAUAAUUUAAGAUAUAAAUAAUUCAUGAAGGCAUCCAGGACCCUAAACUGGUACUUUUGCCUCAGUAGCAUUGUAAGAGUUUGCUGUGAAAUGGUUAAAAAUAGUAAGGCUGGGUUAUUUUUAUUGUCAUUUUCAAAUAUAAGAUACUCAUUUAUUUUAUUCAUUUCACAAAAGUUGUACAAGAUAUCUCAGAAAUUGGCAUAUGAUGUUGAUUUUUGAUGUUUAAUGAAAGCUUUAUUGUUUUAGUUGUGAUUUUCUAUGCAUAUCAACUAUAGCAUGGAAUGGAAUGCAAGCCGGUCCAUGUCCAAAGUACAGCUAUAUGCAUUUAAUCUGUGGACAACAUUUCACGCUUAUGUUUGCUUGAAAUAAUUGUUUGCGUGCACUCAUGUAUGCACUUGUAUGUUUUGUGUGUGUGCGUGUGAAUGUGCAUAUGUGUGUGGAUGUGUGUAUGCUCAUGUAAAAGAGUAAUUGCAUGAGUGUGGCUGUACAGAAUCAGAGUGAUUUAAAAAAAAAAAAAGCUAUGCGAGACUUUUGAAUAUAUGAUAAAAAUGUUUCAUUUUUAUUUCUAUGUACUCUCAUCAGCACUGACAGAGCUCCAUUUAUCUAAUAAAUUCAGAAAGAAAUGCAAUAAAAUUCGGGGGAAAUGACUGGCAUUCUCAUGCUCAUAUAACUUGACUGAAUUUUCACCUGAAAGACUUUUUCUGCUGUGAUGCAUGAAUGACUGCCACCUCCUGGAUGGCUGAGAAAUUAUUCAGUCAUUGUCAGGUAUUACAAAUGUGUCAGCCUGGAAAAUCUCACAGGUUUUGCAGUAACUUAUUAUGCUAGUAUUAAAAAUUUUGGACGAGUAUGCAGUGGGCUGACCAAAAAUAUCAUUUAAUUCACAUUAUAAGUUUUUUAUAUAUAUAAAUUCAAAAAAACUACCUUCAUGUUGCAAAGGCCUAAGCAGUACUAUUGUUCGUUAAGCAAUGUGAUGCAAUUUCAGCUCAGGAAACUGCAUUAACAGGAAAUAGAGUUUCUACUAUGUAGCUCAUUUUAACUACUUUUCCCCAUUGUUCUUUGAGAGGAAGUGUCACAUACCGUACUGCAUGUUGUUACAGGUCUGUUGUGCACAUUAUUGUGUAUUCAUUGUGCACUAUGAAUGUUUUGAUCAGCCCCGAACAAGAUAUAUUCAGGAUAUAAACCAUAGCAAUUCCUCUAUUCAGUGUGACCAUGACUUAUAUUUAACCUCUCAAAACAAAUAUAAACAUGAUUUGUUCAUGAUUUUGUAUGGAUUUCCCUGUCCUCAUGUUGCAGCUCUCCAUGCAUCUGUAGGUUUUCUCAUCUGGGCACACAUUUUUUUUUACUGUUUGUUUUUCAUGGCCACAGCUGAGUUACCUCUCA